UAGGGAAGCGACGCGUAGUGAACGACGCGCGGCGCGGGGCCCCUCUACACGGACGGAUUCGCAGCGAACGGCGUACGCGUUCAACGGGCGCGGCUUUGCGUCUCGAAGCUGGCGUUUUACGCAGUAAAAUGUCCUCCCUCGACUACCUGGACCUGUGCCGGCUGUGUCUCGUGAAGGACCGCGUCUCCGUGCCGAUUUUCGGGGGUGAGGGAGACGUGCGGCAGAUCUUCCUCAAGAUCACCGCCUGUUUGCCGGUCAAGGUGAACAGAGAAGACAAAUUACCUAAAAAAAUAUGCGAUGACUGUGUGUAUAAAGUAGAAUUAUGUUAUCAAUUUUGGCAUACGACGGCGAAUGCCGAGAAACAGUUGCUGCAAUGGCUAGGCGAUGUAAACAUGGAAGACAAACAGGGUUACAAUAUUCUCAAUCCGAACGGAAUGAAGCCAGAACAGAGCAACGAGAACAGGUUAGAUGGUACUGUGAUGCAACAAGUAAGCGAACAUCAGAACAAUAUGAAUAUGGGUAUGAUGGACAACAUGGGUCUAAAUAUGCCCAUGAUGAUGUCGAGCAAUACCCAGCAACAAAUAACCUCAGUUCCUAUGGACAACAGUGGUAGCUCUGUACAAAAUGUCCAACCAGUAGCUGGACCAAGCACACAAACGACACACGACCAAAUUACACAAAAUCAAACUGACGCGCCUACGCAACAAGAGGAAGAAGAGGAGAGCAGUGAAGAGGAUGAAAACUCGGACGAUGAGUGCGAUGGAGAUGAAGGCCUACCUAUAAAAGAAGAAAGUGAAGAAGAUCCUAAUAAUAGUAGAACUAUAGAGCCUACGACAUUUGUUAACGUUUCCUUGGCGUGCGACGAGGCAGGACCUUCUGGACUUCAGCAACAGAAGAUUGCCGACAUGCCCGAGAUGGUAAUGCAACAAACAGCAGAUGUGGAUCCGAAAACUGGAAUGGAUCCGUUGAAUGUUGAAUCCAAUGUCCAAAAACCGUUCAUCGGAAUCAAAUGCGAACGGACGGAAAGAGAAAAAUCGUUCACGGAACGCGAAGGACGACUGUUAGAAAAGAUAAACGUGAGAGAGGAGCUUAAUCCGCGGAUCGUAACCGAGGAGAAUCGGCUGACUAGAAAGAAAGCGUGUGUAGAGUGCGACCACUGUCGCCGCAAGUUCUUGAAGAAGAGCAACCUCGCUGAGCACCUGAAGCAGCAUAGGCACAAGUGCGCCGACUGCCCGAAAACCUUCAGCCUACGGCGGUACCUGGUUUCCCACGUCGAGAAGAAUCAUCGGCAGCAGAUGUACGAGUGCAGCGUGUGCAAGUACAAGAGCAACAACAAGGGCACCCUGAAGAACCACUACAUCCGGCUGCACACGAGCAACUACGACUACGCGUGCGACACGUGCGGCAAGCAGUUCAAGAUAAAGAAGGCCCUGAAUCACCACGUGAAGCAGAACCACAGCGAGGCGCCGCCGAUCGUGUGCGACGUCUGCGGUCACUUCAGCAAGAACCUCCACGCUCUCAAGGCUCACAUGAAGUACCGGCACUACAAGCCCGAGUUCGUCUGCCGAAUAUGCCGACGAGGUAUGACCACGCAGGAGAACUUGGAGCAGCAUCUCAUGUGGCACGAGACCAGGGAGAAGGUGCUCUGUCCGACGUGCGGCAAGAGAUUCCGGGGACGCGAUCUGGACUCGCACAUGAGAGUGCACACCGGAGUGAAGCCGUUCCCCUGCCCUGUCUGCGGAAAGACAUUUCGCCGGCAAACUGCUCAAGAGCAGCACGUGUUGAUCCACACCGGAAAGAGACCCUACAUUUGCGAUAUUUGCGGUCAAGCGUUCGCUCAGAAGCCCGGCUUGAUCUGCCACAGGAAGAGACAUCCUGGUCCAUUGCCUCCGCUACCUGUAGUCUCCAUUAAGAAUAUCGUUACUGAAUUCACGAAAGAGUACGCGACCAAAAAUACAGUCAUAAAGAUUGAAUAUGAUUCUCCCGUGGAUCCUCUGAACGUCGCGGACGCCAAUCAUGCGGAACACUCGCCCGAAAGCAUAGAAUGCGUACCCGAGUACAAUUUAAUAUCAAAUAAAGUCAAACGACACAUUGUUAGGAGAAGAAAAACGGGAGAGGACACGAGAAAGCAGAACUUCAGUCCGGACAAAAUCGACAAGAAGAGGCCUAAACUUUCGCUGGAGUGUGCCACGUGCGGUAAACGUUUUAGCGAAAAAUCUACCAUGAUAAAACACAUGAGCCUUCACAAAUACCAGUGCCAAACCUGCUGCCAGAGCUUCAGCCUGAAGCGAGAGCUGAAGCGCCACAUCAUGAACGUUCACGGGCCUCUUCUGUAUCCUUGCAGCAUCUGCGACUACAAGAGCAACAACAAGUGCACCCUGAAGGACCACUUCAUACGGAAGCACACCAGCGGAUUCCAGCACUCCUGCACGGUCUGCAAGAAGCAGUUCAAGAUCAAGAACGAUCUGAAGCAACACAUGAAUCAGGUGCACAGCGGCGAGCCGCCCAUUAUCUGCAGCAUCUGCGGACACGCCUGCAAGAACGUGCCCGCCAUCAAGGCGCACAUGAAGUACCGACACUACAAGCCGGCCUACGAGUGCAAGAUCUGUAAGCGCGGUCUCACCACGCAGGAGAACCUCGACCAGCACCUGAUCUGGCACGAGCGAAAGGAGAAGGUCGUUUGUCCCACCUGCGGCAAGACCUUCGGUCAGAAGAGGGAUUUGGAUCUCCACUUGAGGAUCCAUCAGGGCAUCCGGCCGUUCUCCUGCCCAGUCUGCGGCAAAACCUUCCCCAGGAAGACCGCCCAGGAGCAACACAUAUUAAUUCACACCGGCAAAAAGCCGUAUAUCUGCGACAUAUGCGGAAAUACCUUCGCGCAGAAACCCGGACUCAUUUGCCACAGAAAACGGCAUCCCGGACCGUUACCGCCGUUGCCUGUGGUAUCAAUUAAGAAAAUAAUAAUGGACUUUACGCAGGAGCAACGACGGGGUAGAUCGCGCGCGGUGCACCAAUGCGUCAAAUGCGGGGCUCGCUUCCGUCACACGCGGAAGCUCGUGGAGCAUCUGAAGAAUCUGCACAACAUCGACCGGGCGUUCAGCUGCGACGAGUGCAACAAGACGUUUCGCAGCCCGAUGAACAUAGCUCGCCACAAACUGAUUCACACGGGGCUGCGGGUGUUCACGUGCGAUCUCUGCGAGUACAGCACCAACCAGAAGUCCAAUCUGGAGUGCCAUCGUCGCCGGCACGCGAAGGACUACAGCCUCAAGUGCGAGACGUGCGGCAAGGGCUUUUUCCACAGGACCGAGUACCUGGAGCACCAGAACGCGCAUACGAACAAGAAUCUGUAUCGCUGCGAGCAUUGCUGCAAGCAUUAUCUGUACAAGAAGAACCUGUCGGUGCACCUGGUGACGCAUCACGCCGGCAAGCAGGCCGCCGCGGUGGCGAGGGGCGCGAGGACGAGGCACGCGUGCAAGUUCUGCCCGGAGAGAUUCGUGUACAAGCGGCUGCUGGAGAGGCACAUGAAGAACCAGCACGGAUUCGCGGACGCGCCGGCGAAGCACCUGUGCGACCUGUGCGGCGCGGAGCUGUCGUCGAUGAGACGACUGACGGUGCACAAGCGCAAUCACGCGGGUGAGAGACUCUUCGAGUGCGACACGUGCGACAAGAGGUUCGCCAGCAGGGAGAACCUGAGCAUUCACAAGCGGACGCACACGGGCGACAAGCCGCACGUGUGUCCGCAGUGCGGCCGCGGUUUCACGCAGAGGACGUCGCUGGUCCUGCAUCUGCGGUAUCACUCGGGACAGAGGCCCUACCAAUGUCCGGACUGCGGCAAGGGAUUCGUGUCCAACACCUUGCUCAAGAGGCAUCGCAAAGUGCACGAGAAGGCGACCCAGUGGACGAAUAAUCACGAUUUGAAGGUGAAGAACGGGGACUUGCUUGAUCUCGGACAGAAAUUCGAAGGUGGCGAGAAAACCUGCGAGUUCUGCCAGGCAAAAUUCCACUUCGUUACGAGACUGGUCGCGCAUUUGAGGAUAGCGCACGGUAUUCAUCGGCCCUUCAAGUGCGUCACUUGCGGCAAGAAUUAUCCCCAGCAGUUUAUGCUUAACGCCCACGUGAAGAAGUGGCACACGCCGAGGACCGUGCCAUGCAAUCAGUGCAGCUUCAUGGGUGUCAGCGUGACCGAUGUGGAGAAGCACAAACGGCAACGUCAUCGAGAUCCGAAAUUCACAUGUGAGAUUUGCAACGAGGAUUUCGCCGAUAAGGACGCUCUGAUUGCGCAUACAGCGACGCACGAUUCUGUGCAGCGAUGCAACGCGUGCGAUAGCAUCUUCAACGACGUAUACAGCUUGAAGGAGCACAAUCGUCUCUACCACUACGAUCCUGCGUCGAACGAGAGGUUUGAGCAAUCCAGCGAGAACGAGUCCGAGCACAAAUGCGACGUUUGCAAUAAAGUCUACAAGUACAAGUCGAUGCUGAAGCAGCACAAGAUCAGGACUCACGGUGACCGGUCGAACUACGAGAGACGCAAAUACCUUUGCGCGUUGUGCGGCAAGGAGCUGAAGACCGCGAAAGGCCUCGAAAUUCACAACAGGUCGCACACCGGCGAGAAACCGUACACCUGCGAAGUGUGCGGCAAGUGUUUUGCCUGCGACACUAUGCUUAGGACCCACAAUGUCACCCAUACCGGAGAACGGAAGCACUCGUGUGAUCAAUGCGGCAAGGCCUUCACUCAGAGAUCCACUCUGGUUGUUCACAAGCGAUAUCACACAGGUGAACGACCGUACGUUUGUCCUCGGUGCAGUAAGGGUUUCGUCACACGAACUGUCCUUAAUACUCAUAUGAAGUCCUGUCGUUGAGCUUUGUUCACAAUGUUUAUUGAGUCAAUACGAAAGAACUUAGAUAUUUGAAAAUAUGUCGCGUUUGUUUCAAAUCAAUAAGCCCAAAUUUUAGGACACUGAACACAGAAUUGUUUCAAGAUCUUGUAAUUGAAUAGAUAAUAUUUUUUUCUAUUAUACGCAUAAAAUGUAACAGAGGUCAAUUUUUCUUAAGAUAAAAGAUGCAUAAACACGCGUAUAAUUUCAUUCAUACUUUUUUAUUUCAAAGAAAAAAUUUUUAAAAAUAAUUUUAAAACCAAUCGUCUAAGCUAGAAACCUCUCUUGAAUAAUUGUUUGUGCUUAUUUAUUUUUUUGCUCGAGUAAAACUAAUUUUAAAAAGAGGACUUCCUUACCCCUCUGCUUCCCUCGGAGCUUCCGGAAUCGGCUAUAUUAUGCUACUAGCUCGAUAAAAGAUCUAGAUGAUAAAUUUUUUACACCGCUAAAGUUCCGAAAAUAUAAUUAAGGACUAAAUUUUUGUUUUACCUCAGGAUAGAUAAAUAUAUUUUGUAAUUUUAGUAAAGGAACCGUCCGUGAUAAUCAUAAGAAA